AUGGUUUGGAGUAGUGGGAACUUGAGAUGGAUGUUGCAGUUUGGAUUCUGCGUUAUGAGUUUGAGAUUUGCUUCAGUUUCAGGAUCAUUCUCCUUUGAAAUUCACCAUAGAUUCUCGGACCAAGUCAAGACCGUUCUUGGUGGCCAUGGCUUGCCUGAAAUGGGCACUCUUGAAUACUACGAGACCUUGGUUCACCGUGACCGAGGUCGCAGGCUAACGUCUAACAACAAUCAGACUACUGUUUCUUUCUCUCAAGGCUACUCCACACAAGAAAUCAGUUUUUUGCAUUAUGCGAAUGUAACGGUGGGGACACCGGCUCAAUGGUUCUUGGUGGCUUUAGACACGGGAAGUGAUUUGUUCUGGUUACCUUGCAAUUGCAAUUCCAGUUGCAUAAGGAACAUGGAGACCGACCAAGGCGAGCGGAUAAAGCUCAACAUCUAUGACCCAACCAUAUCAACAACAAGUUCAAAGGUUCCGUGCAAUAGUACACUUUGUGCAUUAAGAAACAGAUGUGUUUCUCCUCUCAGUGAUUGUCCUUACCGAAUUCGAUAUCUCUCGCCUGGAAGCAAAAGUUCAGGUGUGUUAGUGGAUGAUGUGAUCCACAUGAGGACAGAAGAAGGAGAAGCCAGAGAUGCUAAGAUCACAUUUGGAUGUAGUGAGUCCCAAGAAGGGUUGUUCGAAGAAUCGGCUGUAAAUGGUAUAAUGGGACUUGCAAUAGCAAACAUAGCGGUUCCAAACAUGUUGGCUAAAGCAGGUGUAGCCUCAAACUCUUUCUCAAUGUGUUUUGGUCUGAAAGGGAAAGGAACAAUCAGUUUCGGAGACAAAGGCAGCUCAGACCAGCUUGAAACUCCAUUGAGUGGCACUCUUUCUCCGCCGUUUUACGAUGUAACCAUCAUGGAAUUCAAGGUAGGAACUGUGACGGUGGAAACAGAGUUCAACGCGAUUUUUGAUUCUGGAACCGCGGUUACAUGGCUGAUCGAACCUUACUACACUGCUGUAACCACAAACUACCAUCUUCAAGUAGGAGACAGAAGACUACCGGCAAGAGUGAAGAGUCCCUUUGAGUUCUGCUACAUUAUUACAUCAGCUACUGAUGAAGAGAAGCUUCCUUCAAUUAGCUUAGAGAUGCAAGGAGGAGCUACGUUUAAUGUUUUUAGCCCCAUACUUGUCUUCGACACCUCCGAUGGUGGAGAAGUCUAUUGCUUGGCCGUCUUCAAGGAAGUUACCGCCGGUUUCAACAUUAUCGGACAAAACUUCAUGACCAACUACAGAAUCGUCCACGACCGUGAGAGAAUGAUAUUGGGAUGGAAAGAAUCUGAUUGUAACGAUAAGAAUGGUUUCACGAGACCUACAGCUUCAGCAAACCCGCCGUUGCUGCCGCCAACGCCGUCUCCAAGGGCCAGAAGCUCUUCUACGCGUUUGAACCCUCUCGCUGCUUCUUUAACUUUCGUCCUUUGCUUCCUUUCCUUUGUAUGUUUGUGAAUCUAUACUACUAAAAUGGAUUAUUUGAGGUUCAGGAAAUGUCAACAUCAACAUAAAAUCCUUCUCCCAAAAUAAACAUG